CUCCUCUCGCACACACAAUAUGACCAAGCACACCAAGAAGGUCGGCAUCACCGGCAAGUACGGCACCCGCUACGGUGCUUCGCUCCGUAAGAUGGUGCGCAAGAUGGAGAUCUCCCAGCACGCCAAGUACACCUGCGCGUUCUGCGGCAAGGACUCGGUCCGCCGCACCUGCGUUGGCAUCUGGAACUGCGGCUCGUGCCGCCGCAUCAUGGCCGGUGGUGCGUACACCCUCUCGACUGCUGCCGCCGCUACCACGCGCUCGACCAUCCGUCGUCUCCGUGAGCUGCAGAACCUGUAA